AGUUCAAAACUGAAGUUUCCCAGCUGUCUAAAAGGGUGGUUCUUGAAACAGCUUUAGUUUCCUCAGUGUUAUUCCACAGUUGAAAAAUUCUAACUCUGAGACUUGAUCAUGUAUGUGCUGAAUUGCUUCUCCAUCCACCUGCUGCUCCUUUUCUCCUCUCUGUCUGAAGUGGUUGAUUCCUCAGAUGAAGAUUUUGCACACGAUGAUGCAUGGUGUCGGUUUAGCUCCAGAGAUUUACAUGAUAUGGAGUAUAUUUUAGAGCAUCAUUUUAACAAGAUCAUGGUGGCUCAGUACAACAGCACCACAGAGAGGUGGACAGGAUACACAGCAUGGGGAGUGAUAUCUGCAGAAAAGUGGAAUGAGGACCCAGAUGAGAUCCCCAGGAGGAGAUCAGAUAUGGAUGUGUUAUGCAAGCCAUAUGCUAAUCGGAUCUACAACACAACAGAGAUGUUUAUGGUUGAGCCCAAUGUCACACUGAGGCUAGAGGGGCCAUCCAGUGACUCCAGCCUUGUGUGUAGUGUCCACUUCUUCUACCCCAAACACAUCAGAGUGACGUGGCUGAGGAACGGGGAGGAAGUGACCUCAGAUGUGACCUCCACUGACGUACUGGCCAAUGGACUCUGGAGCUACCAGAUACAGUCCUAUUUGAAGUACACACCCACAACUGGAGAGAGGAUCACCUGUAUGGUGGAGCACAUCAGCCAGACUGAGCCCAAACUUUAUUACUGGGACCCCUCCUUGUCUAAGUCUGAGAAGAAUAAGAUAGUGAUCGGUGUCUGUGGGCUGCUGCUGGGGGUGGUCUUUGUAGUAGCUGGACUGAUCUACUGGAAGAAAUCUACUGGACGGCUAUUGGGUCUUAUUGGUGAACUUGAUUAUGGGACUUGUGAUUGAGGCCGUGUGGACGAAGGCUUGCUGAUCAAAUCCCUGUCGUUAACUGAUGGUAGCUGAUAUAGUUUGCUUUUUAGCUGCUGUUGCCUCUAGCAGCUGCCCCCCUAUUCAAAAUGCCAACAUUGCACCAACCAUGGCCUGCUUGCAAAAAUGUAGAUAUUAUAGUUUAAUUUUAAGACAUUAGCUUGCCUAAACACACAAGUAAAGGUUGGGCUGGUGGAUAAAGAUACAUGAACUGGAUUUACCUUUUGGUUCUUUGGACGAGAUUAAAGAACGCUUUACUAAGUAAGGUUCUAUAUAUACACUCAGGGCCAGUUUAUGAGGUACACCCAACAUUGCUCAAUUAGUAUCAAGGGACCUAACGUGUGCCAGAAAAACAUUUCGCACACCAUUA